GUAGGGUUUCUGCCGCUUUUCCUGCGGACCCACUCACGAAAUCGAAAACACACCUGAAGUCGUGAAAUUGUUCCACGGUCUGCUACUGCACGAUUCCACGUCCGCCAUCUAACCCUUCCAGCCAGCCCCGUUGUUGAACCCGACACCCCCAAACCGACACAAUGGCCAAAAUCUCGCGUGGUGCCCCUGGUGGCAAGCUCAAGAUGACCCUCGGUCUCCCCGUUGGUGCCGUCAUGAACUGCUGCGACAACUCCGGUGCCCGUAACCUUUACAUCAUCUCCGUCAAGGGUAUCGGUGCCCGCCUCAACAGACUGCCCGCUGGUGGUGUCGGUGACAUGGUCAUGGCCACCGUCAAGAAGGGAAAGCCCGAGCUCCGCAAGAAGGUCCACCCCGCCGUCAUCGUCCGCCAGUCCAAGCCCUGGAAGCGCUUUGACGGUGUCUUCCUCUACUUCGAGGACAACGCCGGUGUCAUCGUCAACCCCAAGGGUGAGAUGAAGGGCUCCGCCAUUACCGGCCCCGUCGGUAAGGAGGCUGCUGAGCUCUGGCCCCGUAUUGCCAGCAACUCCGGUGUCGUUAUGUAAAGGAGUUUUCUUUCACAAAGUCAAGAAACAAAAGGGCGAAAAGGACGACGUUAUGGCUACGGAUUAGGUCAACCGGUGCGGAAACCAUGGGACACAUCAUCAUCACCAUUCUCCCCCCUAAAACCCUUCCCUUGGAGAAGCCUCUCCGGUGACCGGAGGGGCCGAGCAGAGGAAGGGUAUAAAACAAUCAGAAAGAGGGUUGUUGGCCUGGUCUCAUUUCUUUUUAGUUUCCUCGCUGGAACUGGCAGGCUCUGCAUUUCGGCUGUGGCGUGUAAAGGGAAAGAAAUUUCAUACCAGGCAUUUCGCAUACAGAGGAGAUACAAAAAUCCGAUUCUUUGCGCACGUUACA